UAAACCCUUUUCUUUGUUAUCUUGAUCGAGUAUUUGCCGAUUACUCCGUAUCUAAUGGCGGGUUUGGACAAGUGCUCCACUUCUAAUGACUGUUCUACUAAAUAUACAGAAGAGCAAUCAAGUCGAGAAUCGAAGCUUGAAUUCUCGGAAGACGAAAAGAAUCUCAUCACAAGAAUGUACAAGCUGGUCGGGGAUAGAUGGUCGUUAAUUGCUGGAAGAAUCCCUGGAAGAACUGCAGUGGAGAUUAAGGAGUAUUGGACUUCAAGAGUUUCUGCAAACGAUUGAGAAAUCAAGAACAUGGGCAUGAGGAUGUAAAAUGUGAAUACUAUGAAUGCAUGUAAUCAUGUAGAUGCGUUAAAACGCUU